AACUUGGGAGUCGACGUGAAGAACUUAUUACCAGCGCAGCUAAGAAGCUUCAAAUAAAUCAGAUGAUCGAUUUUCACCAGGGUCAUUAUUUCGUAUCCAGAGAUAUUGGACGUAUUGCUUCGAAUUACUAUAUAAAGUACUCGAGUAUAGAAACUUUCAAUAAGCUUCUGAAAGAAAGAAUGAAUGAGGCCGAUAUAUUCUCGAUGAUCAGCGAAAGUAGUGAAUUUGCUGAUCUAAAGUCUAGAGAAGAGGAGAGCAAAGAACUUUCCGAGUUGAAAAAUGAUUAUUGUUACUGUCAAAUAAAGCAAACAUCCGACACAACACCGGGAAAAGUUAACAUCCUGUUGCAAUCUUACCUUUCGAAAGCCAAGAUCGAAGACUCUGCAUUGAUAUCGGAUUCGGCUUAUGUUGCGCAGAAUACAGCUAGAAUUAUUCGGGGUUUAUUUGAAAUUGCUCUUUACCGUAACUGGAAUCAUGUGACUUCAUUAUUAUUGGAGAUAUCCAAGAGCAUUGACAAGCAAAUGUGGACGUUUCGAACACCUCUGAUACAAUUUGGUUUGCCUGAUGAAAUUAUAACGAAAAUCGAAUCACACUCAAAUCUCACCAUAGAAAAGAUGAGAGACAUGAAACCUCCUGAAUUAGGACAAUUGGUCCAUAACAACCGUUAUGGUUCAACCAUAGCUAGAAUUGUGGAUCUCUUCCCGUCGCUCAAGCUGGAUGCUUGUGUUUACCCAAUUACGCGAACCAUUUUGCGUGUAUCUCUUGACAUAACACCAGACUUUAGUUGGAGUGAUCGUGUUCAUGGCACAGCGGAACCUUGGUGGAUAUUUGUUGAUGAUUCCGAAAGCGAAGAAUUAUAUCAUUCGGAAUAUUUCUUACUGAGCAAAAAGCAACACAGUGAAACACAAAAGCUUGGCUUUGUCAUCGCCGUUCAAGAACCAUUACCCUCACAGAUUUAUAUAAAUGCUGUCUCUGACAGGUGGAUUGGCGCGAAAUACUCGUUUCCAGUAUCUACGAAUAACAUAGUCCUGCCCGAAUAUUACCAACAGCACACAGAAUUAUUACCGCUACCGCCGAUUCCAGUGACGGAUCUCAAAAAUAAGAUUCUUGAAGAAAUAUGCGCCAAACGAUUUUCGCAUUUCAAUCCAGUACAGACCCAAGUUUUUAAUACUUUGUACAAUUCGUCAAACAAUGUUUUGGUUGGUGCACCCACAGGUUCUGGUAAAACUGUUAUUGCUGAACUUGCCAUGUG